AUGCGUACUGGUCAGCUCGGCCGCGGUGCCUUUGUUACUGCGAGUCUUGCUAAUGAUGAGCCUCUGAAGCAGCCCACCGUUGACAGCGGGCUCUUUCGGGCCAAGCAGAGGGUAUGGGCGACGUCCCUGCUGGAGCGCGGUUUCGGCACCUUGUUGCAGGGGACGUCCCGCAGUUGGUUCUGGAUGUGGUGUUCCACGUCACGGCUUGCUAUUGCGGCACGGCGCUCCUGGUGUACUAGAAAUGGCGGCCAUUAUGGCACCACCAGUUUGGGAGCGACGACGGGGUGUUGCUGUCUGUAUACAUGCGAGGCAGCUUAA